AUGCAACGGGUGGGCAUCUACAGCAACAGAAAAGGUACAACACUACAAGGUAAAACUAAUCCAUAUUGCAACUCACAAGCUAUAACGAUAACGAUACAAAGACAAGUGAGUCGAACAAACUACAAUCACAAAGCUGUUUCCAAGGUCAAUGGUAACGCUCUUGAUGCCAAGGCAACGACAGCAACACGCGCAAUUCGAACACGACUAGAGCUCCAUGGCAACACAGCACCUUACACCUCUUAUCACGAUCCAACUUCGAGACGCAGCAACGCGACACCCCAUUUCAAAAGCUUUCUACCCAUCAGCCAACGUACAUUAGCACUCAAUCGAGCCCUUGAUCGUUCGCACCACAACAACCAGCAAGCAACUUAUAUCACAUAG